UUCGUCAGUGGUGAAAAUCACAGUCGCGUUUCGCCCACGGUGGGGGGCGUGUCUGAAGGGGCAGUUCCGUUUAGCUAGUGCUCUCUGUGCAAGCUGAGUGUUGUUCUUCUACAGCAGAAACUGCCGAGAACUCCACGAUGGCGAAUGAAGCAAGGCCGUGCCCGUGUGACAUUGGAGAUAAGAUUGAAUAUGGCAGUCUCGGAGAGGAGGUCCAGAUUGAGCACAUUAAAGCUUACGUGGUGAAGCCCAAAGCUCCGACUGACAAAGCCCUCAUCAUAAUUCAGGACAUUUUUGGGUGGCAGCUCCCCAACACCAGAUACAUGGCUGACAUGCUGGCUUCAAAUGGAUAUAUUGCUGUUUGUCCAGACUUCUUUAUUGGAAAAGAGCCAUGGAGUCCGUCCAAUGACUGGUCAGGGUUCGAGCAGUGGCUGGAGGACAAAAAACCCACCAACAUCAACAAAGAGGUGGACGCGGUCCUGAAGUACCUGAAGGGUCAGUGUGGGGUCAGCAGGAUUGGUGUUGUUGGUUUCUGCUGGGGUGGAGUGGCCACGCACUACAUUUCCCUCCAGUAUCCAGAGAUAAAGGCUGGAGUUUCAGUCUAUGGAAUUGUUCGAGAGAAGGAGGACAGAUAUGACCUUAAGAGUCCAACCUUCUUCAUUUUUGCUGAGAAUGACUUUGUGAUCCCACUUGACCAGGUAAGGGCACUUGAGGAGAAACUGAAGGAAAAGUGCACUGUUGACUUCCAGGUGAAGAUUUUCCCCAAUCAGACUCACGGAUUUGUGCACCGUAAAAGAGAAGACAUCAACGAGCCGGACAGACGCUACAUUCAGGAGGCUAGGCAGGACAUGAUUAACUGGUUAAAUAAGUACAUUUAAAGUGGGUGGUUAUUAGGCCCACACUGAAGCACUAUGCAGUCAUUCACAGGCCACGUAAAUCAUGCAAAAUGUUUCAAAUCUAAUCUUACAAGCCUACAAGGAGCAGUUCCGUGGACUUGGCUUAAGUCUAGAUUGCAUUACCUGUGGUGAUUAAUCACUGAAAAUGAUUGUUUUUAGUACAUGUUUAGGGCUAAAAAUACAAAAUUGAGAAUUAGUACGCAGGACAUGGGACAGUUUGCAUUUUUCAAAAUAAUUUUUAAAUCUGAUCUCAGUCUGCUGCAUCUGUAGAGUCAGUUAUUACAGACAAUAAUUUCAAUUCACUGAUUUAAAACACAUCUAUAAUUGAAACCAAUGGGCAGAUGCUUUGGUCUGUUCUGAAUAUUCAUUGCAUUUUCUGGCCAUAUCUAAAUACAGGGAACUUAGCACCCGUGGUAACACACUGUAUGAUGCAGCUCAUUGAGAUCAGGUUGAAAAAACAGUGGAGUAUUUCUUCAAAAUCAAGUACAUUUGUUGUAAUUGCUUAAUUGCUGAAGGCUUCUUAAGUCAUGUUUCCUUGUGUAGUCAUCAUUAUGCCCACAUUAGGAACUCCAGGUGUAAGCAGAUUUACUCUUUAGGAAAAAUGAAAUUUCUAAAAACCUCAGCUGUAGCAUCGUAAAAUAAACUAAAAGCAGGAGCAUUCGCUUAAAUUUCCGAAAGCUUAAACUUCAGUACUGAUAUAUACUAGCACCAGCUACUCAAACUGUAGCCUAAAACUGCCAAAAACAGCAGGCCCAGAUUUCCUUACAUGGGCUUGACGCCAACUACAGAUUGACUACACGGCUUGAGAGGUCAAUUCAAAUCCGGCAUCAAUUUAAAAUGUCUUGCAUUUCACAACGGUUUCUGGAGCUGAGUGGACGAUUAAAAAGUGUUGUGUAGUUACUGAAACAGGACUUUCUAUUCUGAGGACGUGCUUUACCAGUCAAAGUUGCUGCAGGUAUGUUUUUUACUGUGAUGUGACCCUUUAAAGGCCAACGACGAGAUAAGCAGAUCUUUCUGAUUGUGCUUGUAUUUAUGCUUUCACUCAUUUCCAUUUCUAGAAAAAAAAAACACAUAACUUUGUAAAAAGUCCUAGUGCAAAGAACAUGACUUUCUGCCUAUUUUCUUUUGUGUAAGGACUAGUAAUGCCAAGUAGAUGACCACCAUAGAAAAAAAUACUUUUAGCAGAUAAAACAUUUACUCUUAUAUUUUUAGGUAUUUGUAAAUGAAGUUACUUUAAACAUAUUUUUGGCUACAUCUACUUAAAGAGCUCAUAUCC